AUGCUUCAUUCGCCUCACAAACAACCACAGAACCACAAGUGCGGUGCAAACUUUCUCCAGGAGGACAGCAAGAAGUCUUUGGUUUUUAAAUGGUUAAUCUCCGCAGGUCACUACCAGCCACCGAGACCAACCGAGUCAUCUAAGGCUGCAAGCAGUAUUUACAAGAGAGGGCACAAGCUCUAUCUGGAAGAAAAAGGAGGGACUAUGGCAUCAAACAGCCUCUUCAGCACAGUGACAGCAUGCCAGCAGAACUUCUUCUGGGAUCCGAGCACCAGCCGGCGCUUCAGCCCCCCCUCCAGCAGCCUGCAGCCCGGCAAGAUGAGCGACGUGAGCCCGGUGGUGGCUGCACAGCAGCAGCAACAGCAGCAGCAACAACAGCAGCAGCAACAACAACAGCAGCAACAGCAGCAGCAGCAGCAGGAGGCGGCAGCAGCGGCGGCGGCGGCGGCGGCGGCAGCGGCGGCAGCGGCAGUACCGCGGUUGAGGCCGCCGCACGACAACCGCACCAUGGUGGAGAUCAUCGCCGACCACCCGGCCGAACUGGUUCGCACCGACAGCCCCAACUUCCUGUGCUCCGUGCUGCCCUCGCACUGGCGGUGCAACAAGACCCUGCCCGUGGCCUUCAAGGUGGUAGCCCUCGGAGAGGUACCAGAUGGGACUGUGGUUACUGUCAUGGCAGGGAAUGAUGAGAACUAUUCUGCCGAGCUCCGAAAUGCCUCUGCUGUUAUGAAAAACCAAGUAGCAAGGUUCAACGAUCUGAGAUUUGUGGGCCGGAGUGGACGAGGCAAGAGUUUCACCUUGACCAUAACAGUCUUCACAAAUCCCCCCCAAGUGGCCACUUAUCACAGAGCGAUUAAAGUGACAGUGGAUGGUCCCCGGGAACCAAGAAGGCACAGACAGAAGCUUGAUGACUCUAAACCUAGUUUGUUCUCUGACCGCCUCAGUGAUUUAGGGCGCAUUCCUCAUCCCAGUAUGAGAGUAGGUGUCCCGCCUCAGAACCCACGGCCCUCCCUGAACUCUGCACCAAGUCCUUUUAAUCCACAAGGACAGAGUCAGAUUACAGAUCCCAGGCAGGCACAAUCUUCCCCACCGUGGUCCUAUGACCAGUCUUACCCCUCAUACUUGAGCCAGAUGACGUCACCAUCCAUCCACUCCACCACGCCGCUGUCUUCCACCCGGGGCACUGGGCUACCCGCCAUCACCGACGUGCCCAGGCGCAUUUCAGAUGAUGACACUGCCACCUCUGACUUCUGCCUCUGGCCUUCCUCUCUCAGCAAGAAGAGCCAGGCAGGUGCUUCAGAACUGGGCCCUUUUUCAGACCCCAGGCAGUUCCCAAGCAUUUCAUCCCUCACUGAGAGCCGCUUCUCCAACCCACGAAUGCACUAUCCAGCUACCUUUACUUACACCCCGCCCGUCACGUCAGGCGUGUCCCUCGGCAUGUCCGCCACCACUCACUACCACACCUACCUGCCACCACCCUACCCAGGCUCUUCCCAAAGCCAGAGUGGACCCUUCCAGACCAGCAGCACUCCAUAUCUCUACUAUGGCACUUCGUCAGCGCCCUAUCAAUUCCCCGUGGUACCGGGAGGAGACCGGUCUCCUUCCAGAAUGCUUCCGCCAUGCACCACCUCGAAUGGCAGCACGCUAUUAAAUCCAAAUUUGCCUAACCAGAAUGAUGGUGUUGACGCUGAUGGAAGCCACAGCAGUUCCCCAACCGUUUUGAAUUCUAGUGGCAGAAUGGAUGAAUCUGUCUGGCGACCAUAUUGAAAUUCCUCAGCUGUGGCCCAGUGGCAUCCAGGGGUCACAUCCCUCAUGUGUUAAUAUAUACAUAUAUAAAGAGUGCAUAUAUAUGUAUAUUGAUUAGUCUAUCUAGAAGAUUUCUCAGUCCAUCCCUAGUCGUGAUCUUGCAACCCUAAGAGGGUAGAGACAGUCAUAACUGGGUCUCAUGUUGUUUACUAUUUAAGAUGUCCCCUUUACCAAGGAAGAAAUGGUCAAAGGUGUUGUUGUCUGGUCUGUUUUCAUAAGUAACCUGUUCCUUUGCCAAUUCAGAGAGGAGGACUCCGGGUUCAGGAGGAAGAAGAGCCAAGCCACUUCCUCCCUGUCCUUUGAAACCACAGCUUCGGCUGUGUAGGGGCCGGUGCGCUCUGCAGACCAGCCUGCAAAGCCGGCUGUGCGGUGCGCUCGCUCGCUCAGAAAGGGCGGAGGUAGCAUAAAUGCCGCAUCCAGGGCUGUCCAUUCUGAAUGCCUGUUCCAAGGUUUGCCUUCAGACUUGCUGCAGGCACGCGUCUGAACUUUUGAGUUCACUUAUUACCUUUGCUUCCUACUCUAAGAAAGUGACUUCAGAAAUACUGAUCAGGAUAGAUUAUUUUAUUUUACUUUUUUGUACUCCCCCAUCUCCCCCAUUUAACCAAAAGAAAUCCCGACUCCCCCUUUCCUUCCCCUUCUCCCUUUAUGCAAAACUGAAAAUGGCAAUACCUUAUUAUAGCCAUAAUGAUAUAGUGUUUGAGUUGGCUGUGUGUUAUUUGUUUUUCUUUUUUUAAAUUAUGAAUAUGUGUAAAAUCUGAGGUAACUUGCUAACGUGAAUGGUCAUAUAACUUUAAAGAUAUAUUUAUAAUUAUUUAAUGACAUUUGGACCUUUGGAACAUUUCUUAGUGUAAUGAUAUGUUGACUUCGGUCUCUAAAAGUGCUUUUUCUUAAAUAACAAAUUUCUUCAGUGGGCUAGAGCCAUAUCUGAAAUAUUGCUAAGCAAUUUCAAUUCCUUCAGGCACAAUGUGGUUUUUUUAAGAUAACUUCCAUCUCCAAAUAUUUUAGAUGUAGUUGUUUUUGUGAUGUAUGAAGGAAAUGCUGUUUCAUUCUUUCAGGUCUUUGAUUGCCUCUGAUACAGCUUUUUACCUUUUAAAGCAAUAAUUAAAGAUUAAAAAAAAAACAAAAGCAAAAUACCUAUGGACCUGUAGCCCUUUAACACUUAAUGUGGUCCCUUUACCAGCAUGAAAUGCUGGAGACAUGUGGUUUCCUAAUUUCUUUCUUUUUGGGGUGGUGGUGGUAGUGGCAUGGUCUUUAUGGUUCUUGUCGUAUUAAAAAGCCAAACACAAGUGAAUAACUGCAGAAAAGUGUUCUGUGGUCUCAGAGUUAAGCAGAACUCUAAAUCGCAGGCUUCGUGGUUGAGAAGCUAGUCAGCUGAAAGAAAGCCACAUGGGUGGUAAAGGCUCAAUCACGACAUGUGUAGUGUAGGGAGCUCAGACACACCAGGCCUCUGCCCCUGUCAGCCUUACCACACAGUCAUUCAUGGAAGCCCAAAGUGCCUUAGCCAAGGAGGGCCUCCAGCGGCCUUCCAAGGAGCAGAAUGAAGUCACUGUCCUAGGGAAGCUGGUCAGCUCAAGUCAUGGCCACUGUGGCUGCUGUCAGUAGACACAGCCCGUGAGAACCUCCAUGAAUCCCUUGAUAUUAGCAGCUUCUCACUAGGGAGGGCCAAGAGCAGGGAAGCCCAUGUGCCGACUGGUGUCCGCCGCUGCGUGUGAAUUUGAGACCCAGCCCUCCUGGAGGAUGCACUUUGACCAUUGCUGGGACCUUGCAGCCAAUCCCUGAGUGUGAAACCUUAAUCCAAGCCAGGGAUCCUUCAAUGACAUCACUACGCAAAUGCGGGCACUCUUCCUGCACAGGCAGUGGGGGGUGGGUUGGGGUGGGGGCCCCCUUCAUUUGAAUCCUGAGUCCUCCUAAGCAGAGCUCUGCAGACACUUGCCUUUCGCCCCUCCCCCGACCCCCUCGCUUUCUGUCCUUUCUCAGGUUGACCUUUGUCCCAGUGUGGGACAGUCUGGGUGCAGGUGGUCCUGUGUGUGCCUCCAGUCUGGGUUUUCCUUAGAAUCCCUCCUAACUCCUUCUGAUGCAAAUCGAGGGGGGAAGAAAGCCCCCACUGAACCCAAACACUUUGCCUUCUAAAGGCUGUGUACCAAGUAUGUUCAGAUAGAUAAGCCACUUUGUAUUUCUCAAGCGGGAAGCCUUAACCGAUGCUAUUUAUUGUCGCGUGUGGUAGCUUGAAGCACACCACCGUCCAUGUGUUUGUCCACUUCAGCAGCACUUACAAAAGCCAGUGUCUGGUCACACUUGUCAGCUUGCAUUAACUGACAUGAAGAUGUUAUCAUCGGUGCCAGCUGCACCCUAUUUAAUUAUUUUUUUUUAAAAAAAGGGGUACUAUAUUUCUACAUUAUUUCUUAAAGUUAAAGGGCUUCUUAAAGUUUACAAUACACAUAUUAAGGGACUAGAGGGGAUGCGCUAGUGCCCUGUUGUUACUGUAGUGGCUGCAGGCAGCAACCCUGAGACACUUUGAAAACAGGUUGUUUCCCUCUGCCCUCCCUUUGAGAAAAUUUCAAGUAUUUCUCUCCACCUUUCGGCCACCUCACUGGGUGGCUCCCAUUACUCAGAACCCAUUCUUUCUUCUGUUUUUUUUUUUUUGGGGGGGGGUGCGGCUAGGAUUUAAAAAUCCCCUUCCUCUUCCCUUGUCUUUUUAACACUCCGUUUGCACUGGGUCACAUGUAUGAUUUCUGGUUUUAAGACCAAAGCAAUGUCUUAUUUACAUCUGGAACCAUCUAUGUGUACUAACCAAUGCCCUCCCCACCCCCGACACACACACACA